AGUCAACUUUAGAAGAGUGCUUCUAAAAUCUAAAUUUAAUUCCUUAUUCAAUUACUAGAUGACGCCGGAUUUCAUUUGAAAGAGAACUGUAUCUACCUGCGUUCAAGUGGUGAAUAACGUGCGCACGAUUUAAAAAAAUCUUUUUCCUUUGUUAAUAAAUUCAAUUUUACAGAAAGAAGGUAGAUAAAAUAUACUCAUAAAUAACGAAAAUAACUUUUAUUAUCAACGUGUAACCGUGUAAACAGAAAAAUGCGACUUGGUGUUGUUAUCUGAAUUGAUGCACAAGUUAAUUUAAGGUUAUGAUCGCCAUAACCUUUUCCAUCAACAGAAAUUGUCAAUAUUUCUUAUAAUAAGAUGGCUUCAGAGAACGAACAAAUCUCUGCAUUUGCUGCAUAUGCAAUGAAACGUAAAAAUAUAGAGCGUUCGUUACAGUUACUGAAAUUACAAAAGAUACAUUCAAAUAUGAAUGAAAAAAAUUCGGUUCAAGUUGUCAAUAAAGAAAAAAACACAUUACCAUCGUCUAGCAAUGAGACCCUUAACAAAAAUGAUAAACAGUCUUUCUCGCCCAAAAGUUCUAAUUCUAUAACUAAGAAAAAUUUGAAUACCAAGGAAACGAAUAGUUUGAUGAAAUCAAAAUAUAAGAAGUUCAAUUAUAAUAAGAAUAAGAAAAAGAAAAAGAAAAAGUUAUUAUCAGCUAACGAUUGUCACGGCAACGACGAGGCGACGACUGACUUGGAAAAUUCUUUUUCUAUAUCAGGCGAUAAUAAUUCACAAAUGAAUCAAUUAGAAGGGGAAACAAUGAAGAUAAAUAAGAAGACAAAGAAAAGGAAAAGAAAUAAAAAGUUACGUUCGACGAAAAAUAUGAAUAUUAAUUACGAUAUAGUACAUGAUAAUUUUUUGAAAAAUCCCGUUAUAAAAAGUAAAUUAUUGUUUGAAUGGUUGAUACAUCCUUUAGAGAUUAAUAAGUUUUUUAAGACGAAUUGGGAAAAAGCUCCUGUGCAUGUAAAGAGAAAUAAUUCUAAUUAUUACAAGAUUCUCAUGUCAACUCCAAUAAUUGACAAAAUAUUAAGAGAACAUUAUAUAUUAUUUACGAAAAAUAUCGAUAUUACAUCAUACAUAGACGGUAUAAGAGAAACCCAUAAUCCUUCUGGUCGUGCCGUUCCUACGGUUGUUUGGGAUUAUUAUUCAAAUGGAUGUUCAGUGAGAAUGUUAAAUCCUCAAACUUUUUUACCUAGGCUCCAUACAUUAAAUGCGACUCUUCAAGAAUAUUUUGGAUGUUUCGUUGGUGCAAAUUCUUACUUAACACCACCUGGUAGUCAAGGAUUUGCACCACACUACGACGAUAUAGAAGCUUUCAUAUUGCAAAUUGAGGGAAAGAAAAGAUGGAGGUUAUAUAAAUCAUCGAAAAGCAGCGACUGUUUGCCGAGAUAUUCAUCGAAAGAUUUUGAUCAGUCAGAACUAGGAGAACUUAUUCUAGAUACCGUAGUAGAAGCAGGAGAUCUUUUGUAUCUCCCACGUGGAACUAUACAUCAAGGAGAAACCAUUUAUAACAGUCAUAGUUUGCACGUUACUUUGAGUGUUUAUCAAAAAAAUAGUUGGGGUGAUUUCUUAGAAAAAUUGCUUCCAGAUGCAUUACAAAAAGCAAUUGCGAAUGAUGUACAUUUUCGUCAUGGAUUACCUCUUGAUUAUUUAAAAUAUUUUGGUUUUGUACAUUCUACAAAUAAAUCUGAUUAUAGGAACUCCUUCAGAGAAAAUGUCGAGUGUUUAAUUAAUCGUAUUAUAGAACAUAUCGAUAUAGACAAAGCAGCUGACGAAAUGGCAAAAAGUCAUAUUCAUGAUUUCUUGCCACCUGUCCUUGUAGAUUAUGAACGACAAUGUUCUAUAGCCCAAGAUGGAGAAAGAAUGACGAAGGAAGGAGUUGUAGAAAAUCAUGUGGAAAUUGAACUCAAUACGAAGAUACGAUUAUUAAGGUCUCAUUGUAUAAGAUUGGUAGAAGAAUCAGACACGUACAGGAUAUAUUAUUCUUGUGAAAAUUCCAAAGAAUAUCACGAAUACGAACCACAAUUUUUAGAAGUCGACGAAAAAUUUGUACCCGCUAUAAAAGAAAUAAUUUGUCGUUUUCCCCAAUUUGUAGAGGUCGAAGAAUUACCAAUUACUGAGCAGGAUGAUAAAAUUCUGAUAGUAAGAGAUCUUUGGGAAAGAGGUAUUUUAAUAACGAAAGAUCCCUUAUGCACAUUGGAUUGAGCUGACAAAUAAUUAGCAAACUAUUUAUGCGGAGAAUCGAUUUUGAUUUUUUUCUUUCGCUUGUUCUUUUUCUUUUAUUGAUUUAUAUCAACGUUUAUCUUACAAUUAGACGUCAAUUCCAUCUUUUAUCUUUACCACUUGAGAACGAUCAAAGUCAUAUAUAAAAAUUAUACAUUGAAAUAUUUAAUUAUGUUGUAAAUGCAAAAAUCGUCUAACUAAAAAUACUUUAAUAUUGUCUACGGAAUACAAUAUUUCUCAUGAUCGUGCUUGAAGUCAUAUUUAAUGUUAUAAAAAAGAUACGUGUGAAUUGUUAAUUCUAAAGAAUAUUUAUAAAUACGAAUGAACAUGA